AUGGUGCAGGCCUGGUACAUGGACAAGUCGGCCGACGACCCGCGGCGGCCCCACCGCAGGGAGCCCGCGCGCCCGGUCAGCCUGGAGCAGCUGCGCGGGCUCGGGGUCCUUUACUGGAAGUUGGAUGCUGACAAAUAUGAGAGUGAUCCAGAAUUAGAAAAGAUCCGGAAAGAGAGAAACUACUCCUGGAUGGACAUAAUAACCAUAUGCAAAGACAAACUACCAACUUACGAAGAAAAGAUUAAGAUGUUUUAUGAGGAGCAUUUACACCUGGAUGAUGAGAUUCGCUACAUCCUGGACGGCAGUGGGUACUUCGACGUAAGGGAUAAAGAGGACAGGUGGAUCCGGAUCUUCAUGGAGAAGGGAGACAUGAUCACUCUCCCCGCCGGGAUAUACCACCGCUUCACGCUGGACGAGAAGAACUAUGUGAAGGCCAUGCGGCUGUUUGUGGGAGACCCAGUGUGGAUGGCGUACAAACGGCCGACUGACCACUUCGAGGCCCGCGGGCAGUACCUAGAGUUUCUGGCACAGACGGCCUAGCGGUGCCCUGGGGCCUGGCGCACCCCGGCCCCCCUUGUGAAGGUCCCAGACCUGAUGGCAGCAGAAAAUCAGUCGUAUUCUCUUUGCUUUUGUGUUGUAAACUUGAGGGUAGGUGAGAUUUCC